CACGCGCUCGCACACACGCAAACAGACACAAGAAAAUCCGAGCAAGCAAGCAAGUCUUCCUCCUCGUAUAAAAGCCGAUGUCCACGGCGGUAAGGGUAUAGUCGACUUGUUUCCUCGCUCAGCAGCAGCAGACAGAAGCCCGACAAACCAACCAAAAUGGCGUGCAAGUUCGUGAUCCUCGCCUCACUGAUGGCCGUGGCCGCCCAGGCUGGCAUCAUCGGCUCCCCCCUGGGACUGUCGCCCAUCGGCCUGGCCGCCUCCCCGCUGGCCCUCAGCGCGCCCGCCUCCAUCAUCGCCGCCCCCAGGCUGGUGGCCGCCCCCGGCGCCGUGGCCGUCUCCAGCCAGUCCGUGACCCGUACCCUCAGUCCCCAGCUCAUCGCAGCCCAGCCUCUGAUCCAGCAGCAGCUCAUCGCCGCGCCCGCCACCAGGAUCAUCUCCUCCCCCAGCCUCAUCUCCAACGGCCUCAUCUCCAACGGCCUCAUCUCCAACGGUCUCAUCUCUAACGGCCUCAUCUCCAACGGUCUCAUCGCUGGCGCCCCCGCCACCAGAAUUAUCUCUUCUCCCGGCCUCAUCUCCUCCUCCGGCCUCAUCUCCUCCCCCGGCCUCAUCUCUUCCCAAGGCCUCAUCGGCUCCCCCCUCGGCCUCGGCCUCGCCGGCCACCUGUAAGCUGCUGAGGACGACGGCUUCCACUCAUGUGCCAUCCCCUUGCCGUCCCGCCCGGCCUCGGGAGCCUGUGCCGUGACCCUCACUCGAGGCCGGCCCUGCCCCAAGCGGACCCACUGAUGCGACUGAAAGUGGGUCUGAGUUCGGGAAUACUAAUCAGUAUUAAACGGCGCCCCGGCGCCUCCUGUCUGUGUUCAUCUGUAAAUUAUUUGAUUGUAAAUAACGAAGAAAGGGAAUAAAAAAAGCUCGACGGCAAA